AUGCAGCCUUCACUAUCCCCCCAUUUCUCACCACCACCACCACCGCCGCCGCCUCCUCUUUCUGAUCUUCCUCCGGGGAGCACUCACAGCAACGGAUCCCCAAACGCUCUAGACGUGGCGGCGGUGGUGCCCGGCUCGGAGUCGCCGGCCGGCCGUGAGUCGCCGAACGCACCCUCGUCCUCCUCGGCGACCAGUGAUUCCCGCUCUCACUCGCAGCAGGCCGCCCAACCAGUCAUUGCGGUCCCUGCCGCCUGUCUCGGCUGCUGCGACGGCCAGAACCCAUGCUCGCGAUGCCGGAGCUCGCAGUCCGAGUGCGUCUACGUCGCCUCGCGGCGCGGUUACAAGGGUCCGAGGAGGAACAACAACACCAACAUCAACAUCAACACCACCACCAACAACGACCCCGCCAAUUCCAACACCAACCCCAACAAGAGGGCACGCUCUUCGUCCCCGACAUCCACCCUUGACGUCGCCGAUAAUGGCUGCUCCAUAUUCCUCGGUGCCGCCGCCGCCGCCGACGACUCGUCCAUGCCCUUCUAUCCCGCCGCCAUCGGCCUCCCGGACACCCCCAGCACCACCUUUGCCACGACGCCCAGCUUCACUAACCUGCAACUCUACCGGUCCUUCGGCGCCGCCGUCGGCUUCGGCUCCGGCUCCGGCUCUGGCUCCAACCAGUUGGCCCUGGCCCAGCCUCAGCCCUCCGGCGUCCCUGCCCAGGUGCCUGUCCCCACCCUUGCCGAGCGGUGUCUGGACUCCUUCUACCACCAUUUCCAUGCCUCGCACCCCUUCGCUCUCCCCAAGGAGUGGCUGCUCCGCGUCAUGCGAGACACCAACAUCGAGCCCCUGCUGGCCGCCAUCCGCUGGAUCGGCGCCCUGUUCCUCGAGGUCGGGCCCGCCCGCGCCGGCUUCCUAGACGAGGCGCUGCGCCUGGUCCAGGACCCCGCGACCCGGCGCGACGGCUUCUUCGUCCAGGCCCUGGUCCUCCUCGUCGUCGGCCUGGACGGGAGCGGCGAGCAGGAGAGGGCCCGCGACCUGCUCGGCGACGCCGAGCGUGUCGCCCUCGAGCUCGGCCUGAACACGCGCGGGUACGCGACGCAGUAUGGCCGCGGCGUCCCCGUCCUCGAGGAGAGCUGGCGCAGGACCUGGUGGGACCUGUUCGUCGUCGACGGCAUGGUCGCCGGAGUCCAUCGCCAGACCAAAGUUUUGCUCUUUGACGUGCCCGCCGACGCCGCCCUCCCCUGCGAGGAGCACCAAUAUAUGUCCGGGACCAUCCCGCCGCCAUUAACCCUCGCCGACCUGGAGGACCAGGACUUCUCCGGCGAGGACAGGGAGUUCUCGUCGUUCGCGUACCGCGUCCUCGCCGGGCGCAACCUGGGGAGGUUCAUGCGCGUCCCGCCCAUCUUCGGCGCGGACGACGAGAACCUGGUGCGGAUCGAGGCGCUCCUGACCAACUGGAGGCUCCAUCUCCCGGCGUCCAAGAGGGACGCGCUGAACCAGAAGCUGCAGCCGGACGAGAUGAUUUUCCAGGCCAACAUGAUGACCAACGCAACGUCCAUCAUGCUCCACCAGCCUCACUCGCAGCUCGACUCGUCGCCCACGCGAUCCGUCACGUCGUGCGCGCCGCACCGGCCGGUGCCGUCGGGCGACCUGUUCAACUCGCACACGAGCCACACGGUGACGUCGGCCGCCGAGAUCAGCCGGAUGAUCACGCACCGCGCGCCGCUGACGUCCCACACGCACUUCUUCACCUGCGUCAUCACGCUCUCGUCCAUCGUCCACCUGAGCCGCUGGGCCCUCUUCUUCGUGCCCCACGACGACGACGAGCUGCGCCAGCAGAUCCGGCUCAACAUCGGCGCCCUCAACGCCCUCUCGGCCGUGUGGCGGGCCGCGGGCAAGGCCGCGGGCCAGGUCAAGGGCGUCGCGCACGAGAUCUACCGGUCCAAGAAGGCGUCGCAGGCCGCCAACCCGUCCUACUGGCAGGGCUUCAGCCAGGAGGAGGUCAUGAACAGCAUCGCCGCCGACGAGACCAUCAUGAACGACAUCGAGACGGGGCUGGGCGGGAUCCCGCUGCCGUCUCUCGACAGCCUCACGGGGUAG